UGCUAUUAUUACAACUAGCGACAUCACGGCCACCCCAACGCAAUAUAGGGACAUAACACCGGAAGUGAGCUCACUUCCGAAUUCGCACGUGAUCCUUGACCCCACGACGAUGAUCGACAUACAUGAAAGGACCACGGAUAACGUCAAUGACGUCAUUGGUCCUGGGGAUGAAACGAGUGGACCUAAGCCAGUCGUAUUGGAAACAGGUAUUAUAGUAGCAAUUGUACUGGGAAUUCUUUUACUCAUCGUAGUCAUAGUGCUUGUUGUGCUUAUCGUCCACAGAAUAGGGUCACCGCCGACAAAAACAACCAACGACUAUGGGACAGAUGAAACUAAAUUGGAAAACAAUGAAUCAAUAAGAAAUACUAAUCACUACGACUAUGCUUCAGAAAUAUGCGAACCAACCUAUGACGAGAUUGGCCCGGAAUACAUUGAACUAGAAGAUACUCCUGGGCAGAGGAUUUUGCCAGAAGACACCAAUGGGAUGAGAAGAAAAAACGAAGACGAACCUGGAGCAAAGAUUCGUCAAAAGAUCACACCUGGGAAUAUAAAAGAGCUACAUUAUGACUAUGCAAUCAACGAAGAUACUUGCACAACACGUGCAACUGAAAACAAAGGAUUAAAUCACUCUGAAUCUGGGAGGUCAGGAACGCCAGUCAACACUCCACAGUACCUUGUAUUGGAUGAGGUGUUACCCGACAGCCAGACAGAUUCAAUAUUAUCAGGUGCUGCUGAAUACCAUGUUUUAGAGGAACAAUUAAAAGAAAGUGUUGGAGACGGAAAUAAUCAAACAGUGCAUGCUGAGGAAACAAGUGAAUCUGGAGUCCCGUCAUAUUUUACACUAGAACCCCCUGCUGAUGGGACAAAUGAAACGAUACAUCAGACCACCGGUAAACGUGAAUCCCUGCCGAGUAAUGAUAGUCCAGAAUAUUACGGUCUUGAAAGAACUGACCAUAGGGAGGCUGAUGUUAGUAGCGGACCAGAGUACCACACGCUUGAAAAUUCUAUAGACACCCAGAGUACAGACGACAAUGAACGAGCUGGGGAACGAGAUCAUUACACACCUCUGCAAGUCAUUCAAAGACCUCUCUAUGAAUCUCUAACGAAUAAAGUUAAUGAGGGUACUCCGGAUAUGAGCAAUUGA